CCUUGGUGCCAAACAUGCCUGCAUACCAGGGCAACAUUCUGUGAUCCCAUGGCUCUCAGGUCUACAAAAUACAACAUUGAGCCAACAAUGGUAAGGCAUCCACCAACAAUUGUUUGCUACAUUUGUGGUCGUGAAUAUGGAACAAAAUCCAUUAGCAUCCACGAGCCACAAUGUCUGAAAAAAUGGCAUAAUGAAAACAACUUGUUGCCUAAAGAGUUAAGGAGACCAGAACCUAAAAAACCAGAAGUCAGAACAAUUACUGCCAAAGGUUUCUAUGAUCUUGAUGCCUUAACUGAAGCUGCUUGGACAAGUGCCCAGAGCCAGCUGGUUCCCUGUAAUAUUUGUGGGCGUACCUUCCUGCCAGACAGACUGAUUGUUCACCAACGAUCUUGUAAACCCAAAGCCGCCAAGUAAAGUCCUUUUCUCUCUA